GAAAGCAUGAAAGUCGGCCUUUCUCAUGGUCUUUUUUUUUUCGUAAAUUUUUGUAUUUUUUGUUUUAUUUUGUCUUCUCCUCGCUAUUUUAUGUGUGACUAUGGCUGAAGAAGUUGUAUGCCAGGAAUAUGCAUCUUCUUUGGAGGAUUUAUCAUUUAACUCAAAGCCACUAAUAAACGUGCUGACCAUGCUUGCAGAGGAAAACGUUCAACAGGCAGAAGGGAUUAUAAAGCUUAUUGAAAAACGUAUAUACGAGGUUGAUAUUGACAAGAAAUUGCCUGCACUCUACUUAAUGGAUUCUAUCGUAAAGAACAUUGGAAAUCAAUAUAUUACUGCCGUCUCUCCUUGUAUUGUCGCCUUGUUUACUCAUGUUUUUGAACAGGCGGACGAGAAGACCCGUUUGGCAAUGUUCAGACUGCGAAACACAUGGCCAAAUUUCUUCACCGCAAAGAUACUACACGAACUGGACUGUAGUGUGAACAAACGUGAUCCUGGUUGGCCUGUCAUUGAACCCCCGCCGCCAAGUCCUUCAAUUCACGUUAAUCCAAGAUUCUUAUCCAAGGUUGAGGAAAAUGUGGACAGUCAGACGAGCUGCUCGUCAUCAGACGAGGCGAAAAUUAUGGAUGAAUUUGAAAAGAAGAAAAAUGAAUUAGGGAAAUUACAAGGCGACGAAAUGAGAACUCAAAUGAUGCAACUGGAAGAACUGCAAAUGAAGUAUGAAUUGAUUAAAAAGAAACAAGAAAAAGAUCGACUGAAUCUUCUGAAACAACAGAAAGAAAAAAUAUUGAAAAUGAGACUGCAGCAAGAAGAGCUUGUGGCUGCUCAGGAGAAUGUGCCGGUUUCUAAAGCGGAAGCAGCGUCAACUUCUAUAAAGAACAAGGCUGUUGAUGUGAGAAUUGUAAAGAUUAAGGAAGACAUAGAUAGUCAAUCGACUGACGACACUGAAGAAAGCCAAGCAGAUACCGAGACUGAUCCUAGUGACAAAAUGGAUGUGGAUUCUUCCUCUGAAGGCUUGAUCAUAAUUGAGAAACAACCUGAUAAAGUUGGUUUUGAUUCGGAAUUCGUUCCCCUCGAUGAGGAUAAUCAUGAUACUACGAACGAGCCUGUGGUUGUUUAUAAUAGAGACAGGCCUUUGGGUAAGAACAGAUACUUUAAGAAGGAUCCAAAAGCCAAGAUCAUUAAAAGCGAGAGCGAUUCGGACUCGGACCUUGUAGAUGUUAAGGAUUCAGGUAAUGAUGAAAAAAACUUCGAAGAUAAGAAAGGCAUAAAACGUGGUGCUAUUGGACAUCGCAAUUACAGACGAAGAAAAGAAGAUGAUCGUGCAAAUGAAAAACCGUCGCAAAUGGACGAUCGUAGAAAACCUGAACAAAGUCGUGACAGAAAGCAAAAUACCGAUGAUGUACCUAAUAGCCAUAGUAAUUUGGAUGAUACUAAAGCUCGUGACCCACUUCCGGGAAGACAUCGACGGUCUGAGCAUUCAGAUUUGGGCAACCGAAUGCGUGGACAGGGAAGACGUGGUAACCGGCAUGAUGCUCCAGAUGACCGUCCUGACGGGCCAGAUCGACGCGCUGAGGGACGCAUUUCACGGCAUGGUGAUCGUCCUGGUGGUGACCGUUUUAAUGAUCGUUCUGGACGUCGACCAGAGGAUCGCUUUCCCGGUAGAAGACGUCCUGGUUUUUCAGUAAGAGGUCGCAUGAGUCAGAGGGACAUGGAUAAAAGAUUUCAGGGGAGAACGGAUGAAGGUGAUAGCAUCCGUGGUGGACGGUAUGAUAAUCGUCACGAAGGAUGGGGAAGAGGCCGUGGGCAAAGAAGACCGUUCAGAGGACGCGGGUUUAGUGAGUCUGUUGAUGGACACCCCCGAGAUUACGACCGUCCAUUUGAGCGAGGGUUUGUUGAAGAGCCUCCAUUCAAAAGGUCCCGUCCACCCUCCCCACCCAGACCUUUGUUUAGUGCAAGGGAAAUAUCCGAAAUCCGGGAGCGUCGUGAAUCCCCAAAACACGCGGGACAUGUACACGGCCCCCCUGACGAAUUUGUUGAACCAUGGCUGCACGAGAACCUUCCACACGCACCUCAUGAAUUCUACGAUGGUCCUCCUGAGCAUCUUGGUCCUGGACCACGACAUUUUCCUCACCCGCACCUUGCACCCCGUAACCAUCAACGAUUGCCUGAUUUCCCGGGUGGUGUCGAAAUACCAGUACAACUUAACUUGGAUAAUGAAUCGGAGCUAAUGAGGAACGCGGAUUAUCGUUUACGCAACGGAGAUUUAAGCCAAGAACAGCAUCGAGAUUUAAUGGAGAAACUUGGUCAAUUUUACGAACUUCAAAAAUGGCAGCGACGUCAUAGUACAGACAUGCCUAUACCCCCUCACUCUUUUCAUGAUCGCCCUCCCUUUAUGCUACCACAACCUGCAUCACACCCGUCAGGAAUUCAUGCAGGCAUGCCUCUACCCGAUAGUAAUACCAGAGCUCAUGAAUCUCGUAGGAAUAAUGACCGUCUGCAAGGAGGAAAUGACGUAUUACCCCAUCAAGAUAACAUGAUGACGGAUGGAAGGUCUCAUACAUCGUUACCAGACUCCAUGAUACCUACCGCCAACUUCAAAAUUGGAUCUGAAUUGUUGAAAUCAAAUCAAGAUAACGUUCCACCCUCAAGUUUGGGGAUGGAAAAGCAGGCAGUAGAUGACUUAUUUAAAAAAUUGAUGGACGUUGGUAUCAUUAAAAAGGUGAACGAAACUGGAUCCCUUUCUCCUGCUCGAGUGUCGACUCCCCCCAUGGUAGAUUCCCAGAUUUUAAAUACAAUCACGAUCCCGGAAGUGCAGCAGGAAAUACCCGAAAUAAAGCUGACCUUGGAUCACCUUCGCAGACGUUAUGAUUACAUUACUGUGGAACUUCAUCGUGGAACCCAAUGUUCGUCAUGUGGUUUACGUUUCCGUGAAGAAAAUAAUGAAAAAUAUAGACAGCACUUGGACUGGCAUUUUCGAAUUAACAGAAAAGAAAAAGAAAUCGUGGCUGCUCAUCGAAAUUGGUUCAUCACGACGGACGACUGGCUGGUGUUUGAGUCAUCGGAAGUAACAACUUUCAAAGCUCGAAGUACUGUAUUUGAAGAAGAAUCCGAUGGAGAGUCUGAGAAAACGGAAGACUUACAGGAAGGAAGUUGUCCUGCAUUGAUUGGUGAUACUGAAACGGAAAGGCAAUGCGAUAUUUGUAUGGAAAAAUUCGAUACCUUUUGGGAUGAAACGUCAGAAGAUUGGCAUUACAGAAAUGCAACUAGAGUUGAUGGCAAGACGUAUCAUUAUCUUUGUUAUCAAGAUGCAAAAGAGACUAACGCGAGUGAUAUGGAUGGCAGCGACGAGUUGGACAACACUCAUGACAUUAGUCAUAUAGAUGAUAGCAAGCCUGCGGAUUCACAGAAGACUGAUGAAGAAAGUUUACAAAGUAACACCAUUUCUAACGAUGAAAAAUCAUCAAUAGUUACGCUCCAUACUACACUACAAGCGACUGUAGAAUCUGUAGUACAUGCGAGUGAUGGGCUAGGGGUUAACAAUGCCAAUAAAGACACGAUCAAAACAGAGUCUUAAAUUCAUCAUUCUCAACGCCAAUCUUCUUCUUCUUCGCAAGUUGGACUUCAAACCUCUUCUGUACAUUGUUCAAUUCAUCCAAUCUAUCUAUGGCACACAUCAGAUAAUUUUCUUGGUUGUUUUUACCUUUGUUUCAUUGACUUUGUGAUUUUUUGUCUUUUUCUUUCGCUUUUUAUUCAUGGCAUUAUUGGGUGCAAAUAGCGAUGGAAAAGUCAUUUAAUUUAUGUCCAGUCAUAUUACGGGGGGGAUGGCAAUGCUUCAAAGUUGUACGUUAUUUUUAUCGUAGAUUUUUCCUCGCGUGGAAAAUUAUUCGCCCUAUUUUUGGAUUUUUAUAACGCUUCAUUUCGCAAGCAGCUGCAAUCAUUUGAACCUUUGCCAUUAGCAUCAAAAAUUUGAUUGCUAUUGACCACAAAAUUUCAAGAAAAUUGUCCCCGUUGCCAUCAAUAUUUGUUGUGCUUUUUUUCUUGAAUUUCUAACUGUUCGACAUUAUUCAAACAUCCAAUUCACCAUUUUGAUCAAAGCUUUCUUAAUCAAGAACUCCUUCUCAAAAUCUCUGUUUUCUUGUCUUGUGGUAUGAAAUAUAAGAAAUGCCUCCUUUUAAUUGUUACUUUCGUGUUCUAUGAAGUAAAAUAAACGUUUGUUACCAAAA